AUGCCCUCUGAAGAAGAGAAACAGUCUCCUAAGACAGAGAAGGCAGCAUCAUCUCGAAACUCAUUCGCUACUUUGACAGCCGACAAUGGCAGUACAAAAGAUGGGCCUAGCAGGAUGGACGAGCGGGUUCAUGAUGAACUGCUCCAACUUGCUAGGAAGUUGACGACCCGAUCCCAGGGCACGGGUGCCCCAGCGUCCCUCUUUCCUCUCCCUGCAGAGGGGGUUCUGGAUCCGAACAGUGACCAGUUCAACGCGAAGCAAUGGGCAAAGGCUUUUUACAACAUCAGAAAGGACUCUCUCGACGGAAAUCCACCCAAGACCACAGGCGUCGCCUUCCGCGACCUCAACGUUUAUGGCUUUGGCACGGAUACUGAUUUCCAGAAGAGUGUGGGGAACAUCUUUCUAGACGCCGUUGCCUUGCCCAUGAAGGUGCUCAAUAAGAAACAGGAGCGCGUUGAUAUACUGCACAACCUUGAAGGUGUCAUCAACAGUGGUGAGAUGCUUUGUGUGCUUGGUCCCCCAGGCUCUGGUUGUUCGACGUUCCUCAAAACAGUUGCUGGCGAUACCCACGGGUUCCAUGUCGAAGAAUCGUCUAAACUCAACUAUCAAGGCAUCCACCCGGACCAAAUGAGGACUGCAUUCAGGGGUGAAGCGAUAUAUACAGCUGAAGUUGAUCACCACUUUCCUCAACUCACUGUCGGCGACACCCUUUAUUUCGCAGCGGCUGCCCGGUGCCCAAGAAAUAUCCCCAAUGGAAUCACUUGCAAGGAGUAUGCCGAACAUCUUCGUGAUGUGACUAUGGCAAUGUUGGGUAUCUCACACACGAAGAACACCCGUGUGGGUGACGACUUUGUCCGAGGUGUUAGCGGUGGUGAGAGGAAGCGUGUUACAAUUGCUGAGGCUUCCCUAAGUUAUUCACCCUUGCAAUGCUGGGAUAAUAGUACUCGGGGCCUUGAUAGCGCGAAUGCGGUCGAAUUCUGUCGGACCUUGCGGACUCAGGCUGACGUUAUGGGUUGCACUUCUCUCGUCGCGAUAUAUCAAGCACCCCAGGAUGCCUAUGACCUUUUUGACAAGGUUAUUGUCUUGUACAAAGGUCGGCAAAUCUUCUUUGGCAAAACCUCCAGGGCUCUAGGAUAUUUCGAAGAACUUGGGUUUGUGCGCCCAGCACAACAAACCAUGGCAGAUUUCUUGACUUCCAUGACAAGCCCCCAGGAACGCAUCAUUCGCCCCGGGUGGGAGGACAAGACCCCUCGAACCCCCGAGGACUUCGCCCAAGCAUGGCAGGCGAGCCGCGAUCGUGCACUGCUACUGGAAGAAAUCGAGGGUUAUAUUGAACAACACCCCUUCCGCGGCGAGCACUAUGAUAGAUUUCUUUCGUCGCGACGCAUGGACCAAUCUUCAGCUCAGCGGGCUAUGUCUCCAUUUACUCUGUCCUAUUUCCAGCAGAUGAACCUCACGCUAUGGAGAAGCAUUGUAAUGCUUAAGUCAGACCCCAGCUUGACCAUCACCAUGCUAGUGACCAACUUCCUUCAGGCCAUUAUUGUCAGCAGCAUCUUCUACAACCUGUCCGAGACCACGGAAUCUCUCCAAACACGAGCCGUCCUGCUGUUUUUCAUUAUCCUUAUGAAUGCGUUCAGCAGUAUCUUGGAGAUUAUAUCUUUAUAUGCCAAGCGGAGGAUCAUUGAGAAGCAUGCCAGGUAUGCGCUCUAUCACCCGAGCGCUGAGGCCCUCUCUUCAAUGGUGGUCGACCUGCCAUAUAAAGUUGUUAACGCUGUUAUCACUAAUAUCACUAUGUACUUCAUGGGGAACCUCCGUCGGGAACCAGGGCCGUUCUUCUUUUUCCUUCUCGUGAUUUUCACUACUACCAUGACCAUGUCAAUGCUUUUCCGGCUUAUUGCGUCUGUCACGAAAUCCAUCGCUCAAGCCAUGGCGCCGUCUGCCAUUAUCCUGCUCGGCUUAGUCCUGUACACGGGUUUUACAAUUCCCGUGCAGUACAUGCGCAGCUGGAUUAGCUGGUGUCGCUGGGCGAACCCAAUCUACUACGGCCUCGAGUCCAUCAUGCUCAAUGAGUUUGCUGGUAGGGACUUCAGAUGCGCCAGCUACGUCCCAUCCGGUGCUGGUUAUGAAAAUGUCUUACCAAGUGGCAGAGCAUGUGCCUCGCAGGCCUCAGUCCCCGGACAAGAUUUUGUUAGUGGUACGGCGUACCUGAACAUUGCCUAUGGGUAUGAGCUGUCGCAUCGUUGGCGGAACUGGGGCGUCAUGAUCGCGUUCGCGGUGCUGUAUCUCACGCUGCACCUUGUUGCCACUGAAUAUGUCGCCUCCGAACGAUCUAAGGGUGAAGUGCUGGUGUACCUUCGUACAGCUAUGAAGCAUCUCAAGAAGGCGCCAAGCGAUAUAGAGUGCGGCCCUGCGACUCCAGCCAGCCACCAGAUGGAAGACGGCAGUAUGUCAGGAGUUCAAGUUGAGAAACAAUCCUCUGUAUUUCACUGGAGAAAUGCGUGUUAUGACGUCAAGAUCAAGGGAGAUGAUCGUCGCAUUCUAGAUCAUGUUGAUGGUUGGGUCAAGCCAGGUACUUUGACAGCACUGAUGGGUUCUUCUGGAGCUGGAAAGACUACGCUUCUCGACGUACUGGCUAGUCGUGUGACCAUGGGUGUGGUUUCAGGUGACAUGCUUGUUAACGGGAAGCCACGCGAUGAGUCCUUCCAGCGAAAGACAGGCUAUGUUCAGCAGCAGGAUCUCCAUCUUCCUACCUCUACUGUCCGCGAGGCUCUUACUUUUAGUGCCUUGCUGCGACAGCCAUCGCAGUAUAGUCGGCAGGAGAAGAUUGCCUAUGUGGAUACAGUCAUUUCUUUGCUUAGCAUGGAGGACUAUGCUAAUGCGAUUGUUGGCGUUCCAGGGGAAGGCCUUAAUGUUGAGCAGCGUAAAAGACUGACUAUUGGCGUGGAGCUUGCAGCGCGUCCUCAGCUACUUCUUUUCUUUGACGAGCCUACCUCUGGCUUGGAUAGUCAAACUUCCUGGUCUAUUUGCAACCUGAUGGAGAAGUUGACCAAGAAUGGGCAAGCAAUCCUCUGCACCAUCCAUCAACCUUCCGCGAUGCUCUUCGAACGGUUCGACCGUCUGUUGCUUUUAUCAAGGGGCAAAACAAUCUAUUUUGGCGACAUCGGCAAGGGUUCCCGUACCCUGGUCGAUUAUUUCACACGCAAUGGAGCCCAUAAUCUUCCCGCUGGAGCCAACCCAGCGGAGUAUAUGCUUGACGUCAUCGGUGUGGCCCCUGGCUCAACAACUAACAUCGACUGGCCCGCAGUCUGGAGAGACAGCCCGGAGUAUCGGCAGGUUCAAACAGAACUUGAGCGGCUUGCGGCCUUGGCCGGCUCUGAGCCCACGCACGACGACCCUUCCGCCUACAAGGAAUUUGCUGCAUCUCCUCUAGAUCAAUAUAUACAGGUGACGAAACGAGUCUUUGAGCAAUACUGGCGAAGCCCCGGAUACAUUUACGCAAAAGUCCUUCUGUCACUUGGCUCGUCCCUCUUCACCGGCCUGUCGUUCUUGAACGGUGACAACACGCAGCGCGGCUUCACCAACCAGAUGUUUGGCGUCUUUAUGUUCCUGAGUCUGUUCCCCAAUCUGGUAAACCAGAUUAUGCCAGUUUUCGCCUCACAGCGUGUCAUGUACGAAGCCCGAGAGCGUCCCUCCAAGACAUACUCUUGGAAGCCGUUUAUGGCUGCAAAUAUUCUCGUUGAGCUGGCUUGGAAUUCAAUCGUAUCACUUUUCUCCUACAUCUGCUUUUAUUACCCAAUCGGUCUAUAUAAAAAUGCUGAGUGGACCGAUGCGGUCAAUUCACGAGGCUUCACCAUGUUUUUGCACCUGUGGGUCUUUUUCAUGUAUGCCAGCACGUUUGCGCAUAUGAUGAUCGCAGGACUGCCAACCGCCGAUAUCGCUGGGGGUGUGUCUAAUCUCCUCUUGAUCAUGAUGUUCACUUUCUGCGGUGUCCUUGUCGGACCAAAGGCGCUCCCGGGCUUCUGGAUCUUCAUGUACCGCAUCAACCCCUUCACGUACAUCAUUGAGGGUUUUCUCGGCACCUCCCUCGGCAAUGCCCCGAUGUACUGCGCGCCCAACGAGUUCGUCCGAUUUACUGCCCCAGACGGCUCAACGUGCGCCGAGUACGCUUCCGAGUAUUUAUCCCAAUCAGGUGGCUACCUUGCAAACCCAGACGCGACCGAUUGCGAAUACUGUGCCAUGUCCGAGUCUAACCAGUUCUUGGCCUCUGUAAGUGUCAGUUACGACCAUAGAUGGAGGGACUUUGGAUUUAUGUUGGUGUUUUGCAUUUUUAACCUCUCCAUGGCUUUGGUCUUGUACUGGCUUGCCAGGGUUCCUAAAACCAGGAAAGUGAAGGAGUAG